UUAAAUUUGGGAAAAGGUAAAGAUUUAAAUUGUUAAACGAUGAGUGCAACUCGUUGUGAAACCAUCAGGGAAUCUACGAUGCCGAUGCUCGGACACGCACCGGUUGUUCGACAAAUACGAUAUAGUUUGGGCCCAAUUAAAACAUUCAUCAUUAUGGCAGCGAUAAAAAUACUUCAAAUUGGUCGAUCUACAUAUCAUCGUCUUAGACUCUGCCAUAGAUGCUCUCCAUGUGACGACUCCGCUUUACAUGAACUCAUCGGACUGAAUGCGAGUUACGAUGACCAUACGUCGCUUCAAACAACCUGCGUAGUCUGCGAGAGCCUAAACUGGGGAGAAAAGGGUCAGGUCAUACCGAUGGACGUCACUAUCAGGCCUCAUGGAGUAACUCAUCGUUGUUGGUGCUGGGCAGUUAGUGUAUCCGGCUUUCUAUAUCUCAACUUAGUAUUUGUGUUAAUUAUUUAUGAUGUAGGAGCGUAUUUUAGUUUAUUUUGGGGAAAACAUGUUGGGCUUCUAUUUCUUGUUUCCUACAGUACGUAUAUACUCCAACUAAUUGUGGUCCCUUUAAUCUGUAUAUGGGGUCGCCUUCAACCUGAUUAUUUUUUUCGUGAGGGGUAUGUAAGAGAUAGACUGCGGUUCUUAAUGCCAGGCUUCCAUAAUAUAUCAAUGUUGGCCUUAGUGGUUUGUUUCGUAUGGCCACUAUCUUGUGCCUGCCUCAGAUACGUGUAUGACAAAGUGGAUCAUCAUAAAAAUACGGAUCCAGUUCAUAGUGCCAUCGGCCGUUGGACUGCAGUUGUUGGCUACAUUAUGUAUGGUUGUUUCUGUAUCAUCGUCUACGUCAUCAGAUGUUCGUUAAGGCACGAGUGUAGACUAGUAGUCAAGUUUGUAUGCAUGGAUUCAACAAGUCUCAACUCAAGCAGAAAACGAACAGAUGAGAUGUUUAGAGAUUUUAAGAAAUUUCGCGACUUCACAAAUAAAUGGUUACUGUUCUCUGCAUCUAUCGGCCUAAUAGGUAUUUUUUGUCAAAUCACUUGGAAUUACAAUAUGGAUAAGAAGUAUCUUAAUAUAAUUGAUGCAGAAAUCUUAUGGAAUCUGCUUAUUUGGGAUCAAAAGAUAAUGUUCGCUGUGUUACCUUUCAUUUGUGUCGAGGGUCUCAACGUUGAGUAUCUUUGGCAUAAACUUGUUUACGAUAUAUCAAUGAUGAGAGUCACUGAGAGGGAGAAAUACUGGAAGAAAGUCAUCAAGCACGUAAAAUCACUGAAUUUCGAAGCUAGAAAACCAGAUAUGAUGUUUUUAUUUACGUUAUGUUCAGUUUACAUGGGACUGCAGCUUACUACAAAACAAGAUAUUUUGCCAUAUUUUGAAACAUCAUUUAAUAAAAGUAGCCCCACGGGGAUGUAUCGAUGAGCCUAACAUACUGUAGACAGAACAAUACAUGAAAAUUCUAAUUUCUACGAUAGACAUCCUGCGUAAAAUUAUUCGAGCAUUUUAUUAUUUAUAUAUUUGUUUAUAUACACAUAGGCAUGUGUAAAAGAAUUAUACUUCUCUUCCGUUUUGAUACUGAACUAACAAUAAUGAAAUAAAAAUAAUUGCUCCAGCUGUUUUUGUUACUCGUUUAUAAUGUGAAUUUCCACCGUGAAUGAGUUAUUUUCAUCCUUGUGUCAAAUUGAAAUAAACCUAGGCUUACAUUAUAAUUGGUCAGUCAAACAUCAUUUUUUUUUUGCAAAACCAAUCAUUUUUUUUUUAUUUUCUAGUACAUUAUUUAAAUGUACAUAUAAUUAAUAUAAUUGUGGAGAUUGAAAUGUAAUAUUCAUUAAAAUCUUUCAUGAUUUGUGUAGGUUGACAGCAUUCGGUUGAAACAAUUGAUCGUGUGUAGUUGUGUAAUGUAGACGUGUUUCAGAGCUCCGGCAGCGCAACCUCAGUUGCUUUCUGAAUUCGAUAUUGUGAAUGAAACCAAAGUUGGAAUUCUUUGUUAUAUUUUGUAUGUUUUUAAUGAUGUUUAUUUCCCUGAGUCGUGUUUUUAAACAUAUGUAUUUUGAAUCAAGUUCCUCAGUGCCUCUGUUACAUUUAACAUGCUGAAUGCGUUCACGGAUAAAAUUUAUUUUCCCUUUUUAAUAUGAAAUAAUUCAAUGAAAUUAAAAAGUUUUUUUUUAAAUAAUUUUAAUUGUAAAUAUUUGAUAUGGCUUUGUUAUCUAAUCUAAUUGUUAUAUUUUAUUAGUUAAGUAAAUAUUAAAAUGUUUGCUCUAAUUAAUGUUAUUAUUUUUCUAAUUUUGUAAAUAGAAUUAAAAUGUUUUAGAUAAAUAAUUUUAUCAAUUUUUACAAUCUUAUGAUGUUUCACGGUUUUUAUAUUUCUGUAUUUUUAAACUUAUUAUAUGUAUUCUCACGUAAUGCUUUAAUGCUGCCAGUUGAGAUCAAAUAAAGUUGAAAACGAAGAUACGACAC